CGCUCUCCACGUCCUGGCGCCAGAGAGACAAGUUCACAGAGAGACAGACAGACAGACAGCCAAACGACGUUGGAGGAGAGGACAUAUAUCGACAAAGAGAGAGACAGAAAGUGUGAGAAAAAGACGAGAGAAAGGACACGGUUAGUCUCUCUCCACCAUGGCUCUACGGGACGAACUUUUGAAGUCGAUAUGGCACGCGUUCACGGCGCUGGACGUGGACAAAAGCGGCAAAGUCUCCAAAUCUCAGCUGAAGGUGCUGUCCCACAGCUUAUAUACAGUGAUGAAGAUCCCACACGACCCCGUGGCACUGGAGGAGCAUUUUAAAGAUGAUGAUGAGGGUCCUGUUUCCAACCAGGGAUACAUGCCAUACCUGAACAAGUUUAUCCUGGAUAAGGUGACGGAUAACUUUGACCGGCAGGACUUCAACAAAAUGUGCUGGACUUUGUGCUACAGGAAAAACAUGCAACAAAGUCAUCUGCUCAUCUCCAACGAUGACGCCUUCAAGAUCUGGUGUAUCUUCAACUUCCUGUCUGAGGACCGAUAUCCACUGAUCGUGGUCACUGAGGAGAUCGAGUACUUUCUGCGUAAGCUUACUGAGGCGAUAAAGGGCAGCUGGGUGGAGGAGCGUUUUGAGGACUACAAGCUGCAGCUGGACUCGACGCAGCAGUGUCUGAACGCCUGGGAGCUGAUCAAACUGGUGGGGUCAGGCCAUUUCAGUAAAGGCAUGGACCUGCAGACGCUCUCCAUGGGCAUCAGCGAGGUUUACCAGGAGCUCAUCCUGGACGUGCUCAAACAGGGCUACAUAAUGAAGAAAGGUCACAAGAGGAAGAACUGGACCGAGCGCUGGUUUGUGCUGAAGCCAAAUUUGAUUUCCUACUAUGUUGGUGAGGACCUGGCUCAUAAGAAAGGAGACAUCUUAUUGGAUGGAAACUGCAUUGUGGAGUCUUUACAAGACAAAGAGGGAAAGAAGUGUCUCUUCCUCAUCAAGUCGUCAAUAAAAAGUUUUGAAAUCAGUGUGUCGGACAAGAAGAAGAAGCAGGAGUGGAUCCAGGCCAUUCAGAUCUGUGUGAGUCUGCUGCGUAUGGGCCGGCCAGCGCCGCACCGCGAGGCUCGGCAGAAGCGACGGGAUCUGCGGUUGAGGCAGCAGGCUGAGCAGGAGGAGCUGGAGCUGAGGAUGAGGGAGCUGCAGACAGCCAACGAGGCCAAACAGCAGGAGCUGGAGAACAUGAGGAAGGCUCUGGAAGAGGCAGCAGCUAAUGCAGCAGAAGAGGAACAAAGAAGACUCCAGACCCAAACUGAACUCCAUGAUCGCUACAGGAUGGAUCUGGAGAGGGAGAAAAUGGUACGACAGCAGAUGGAGGAGCAGGUGGCCCAGAAGUCCACCGAGCUGGAGCAGUACCUGCAGCGGGUCCGAGAGCUGGAGGACAUGUAUCGUCAACUGGAGGACGCUCUGGAGGACGAGAGGCGUGCGAGGCAGGAUGAGGAAAUUGUUCGUAAGCUGCAGACACGGUUACUGGAGGAGGAGGCCACAAAAAGAGCAGAGUUGGAGCAAAUUCAUUUACAGCAGCAGCAAGCCAUCUCUGAGACAGAGGCUGAGAAACAGGAGCUGGAGCGGGAGCGUCUGGCUAAAGAGAGUGCGUUACAAGCAGCAAUGAUACAACUGGAAAAUCUGGAGCAAGAGAGGCAGGGAGCCCUGGAGCAGUACCAGACUGUGAUGAAAAAGCUUGAAGAUGCAGCCAACAAAACAAAGACCUGGAAGCACAAGGUGGCCGAACACGAGGGCAUGCUUCGACUCAUUCAACCAGGUUCCAAGGGGCCGACACUGAUCACCAACUGGGGUCCAGCAGCCUUUUCUGACGCAGAGCUCAGUCUGAGGGAAAAGAAAUGGCAGAAGAUGAAGAACCAGGUGUCUGAGGCCCAGUAGAUCCACUGCAACAUCUAAACUAUAGACAUGUCUGCAGUUCAGAGGAGAGCUGCUGGUAUAAACCGUAUGUGAAAAACAGAGGGAAGUAAUGACUGGAAGGAGGUUUCUGUUAACUGGAGCAUCAGGAAUGAAAGGCGGUAAUAUGCAAUAAUGUUUGUCUCUAUCACUGUAGGCCAAAAUAUGUUAGAGGAGCACUAAUUUAUGGAUCCAACUAAGAUGCUUAAUGAAGAUAUAGGUGCAUGUUUUGAGUGAACUUUAAUUUAAAACUGUCUGUAGUUGUUACAGUAAACAUUGGCUAGGAUCUGACAUCAGAAGAGCUAACUCCUGUCAGACUAGUACAUUUGUCCAACAGUCAUUAGUGUCCAUGUAUUAUUUUGUUCCUAUUUGAAUUGAUGAUAUGCACUACGUUUGACCACAUCCAUUCUUUUAUAAACGCUUCGAAAAGUAUAGAUAGAGCUUCCGAUAUUUCUAAAACUGCUGUUUGGGAACAAGUUUACAUGGAAUAGAAGGGUUUUUUUUUUCAGUUCCUUACUAAUGUCAGGCUGCAGAGAGGCAGAGUCCUUAGCAGCUGAUAAAAUGUGAUUUAAAGUCAGUGUUUAACACAAACAUUCCAUCUUAACUAAAAUGAUGAGUAGAUUCAUUGUUACGAUUACAGUGGUUAACCAGUUCAACACACUUCCUGCUUCUAAACAAACACGGCCUCACUCUGAACUGUGUUGUACUGUAACUAUAACCUCCAGUGCUUUUGAUACUGCUGAGUAAACAUUGAUUUCAAUUUUAUGUUUUUAUACAUGUAAAAAGUCAGAACUGUGUAAUAAACAAUCUUGAAUAACUA